AUGGCUUCGGAAGGGACAAUCCAACCGCGGUGCCUACUCUACGACACAACCUUUACCUUACACCGCCUUUCACCCCUUUACACAAGCAGAGAUGUCCAUCUCGACAAUUUAGCUCUAUCUCAACAUGCGCGAAGAUUCCGGGAUAUCAUAGUUGGGGACGUUCUGCGCGGCGUGCAAGUUGGCUUAGAAUCCGAAGGCAGCGCCCUCCAGCGUACUGGAGCAUUACAGAACGUGACUUGGAGGUUAUUAUCCCAUGAGGAACUGUGGAAUCCGCAGGAUGAGACGCAGAUCGCACACGGUGAGGAGGACACAACGACCCUGGGUGCUAGCUCUGGGAUGCUCAUGAAAAUUACCUACGAACGGACCGCCUAUACCGCUAUUUUGCUACGAGACAUUCAACGAGAGAUUGAAGAUGGAUCCAUAACUGGUAUGGAUCUUGAUGGGGAUGAGUCUAUAUACUUUCCUCUCUUGUUAACGAAAAUGCCGGGCCCGUUGCGGGACACUUUUGCCGACUUCCUAACAACUACUUUCGAUACUAGGAUUUCGGUUCUCCGUCUUCCGAGGACAUAUACCACAACGGCAUUUGAGAGAUAUGUGGCAUAUGUUUGUAUUAGGGAAGAUGGCGAUCUUAUGGACUAUACAGAGAGCAGUGGAGCCUUGAAUCGAGUUGUCGGUAGCGUGGUGGUCUCCAUUGGAUUUGAUCUUCCUGACGGAUCCUCUACGCUCAAGACAAUCGAUAUUAAGAUCGCUAAGCCUGAUCUACCGGGAAUCAUGUUGAGGGGAAAUAGUCUGGGAGGCGGAGCUGAUAAGUCACCGUUUGUGAAUGCCUUAACUACUUAUGUUAAGGCACGUAUGGCGCUAGAUUUGGCUCAUGAGAGGGUCAAGGUCAUGGCCAUUGCUUGUGAGGCUUUUAGUCUUGGUGCCGAGGGAAAAGUCAAACUAACGUCGCCGUGGGUUGACAACGACGGAGAAAGUCCUGGGAAACGAUCAACUAUACGAUUGCUGAACAGUCUUGUUGUCUUCGCUAAAGGGGGUACAUUGUCAGAAGGAUAUGACGGCCCGUGA